UCCUUUCAGCCCAUACACUCGUUUCUAUUCAGGCUGUUACUUCUCCAUUCUUCUUUGACUACCGCUUCGAUCAUCAAGAUAGAUACUUGAGAGUCCCUGAUUCAAGCGCAACAGUUGCAACAUGUAGGUGAGCUCAUUGAACAUUUCCUCACACGCUGAACUAUCUAAGGCUCAACCUACGUUCUUUAUCUCCUCUUCUGCUAGUCACUCUUUUCUUCGCCCUAGCCACUGCUUUCAAUACAUCCACCAUAGCCUAUGGCACUGGCAUCAUCGCGCCAACCGGCAUAUCUCCAUCCUACGGGUUAUCAAGCUACCUAUACCCAAACACCACCUCCUCCACAGCAACCCCUAUCUCCCCUCCAGGCUACCCAACAGACCCAGCAUACCCACCAGACCCCUACCAACCCAUCACAACAGUAAUGUAUGUAGUCACUCCCCUAUCAAACCUCUCAAUUCCUACUAACCUAUUCAUCCAGUGAAACAACAUAUACAACAAUAUGCGCAAUCACUGUCGUCGCCCCUUGCCCCACCGGCCUCUCCACAUAUACCACCGACGAAAC